AUUAUCAUGCAUCAAACGGAAUGCAAAAAUAUUGCGUUUAGCGCUCCUUUGAAAUAGUUGACUUUCUCUCGACUUCAAUCACCAAAGAGCAUCCAAAAUGGCGCUGCAAGGGAUUUAUUUCAGUUCGCCCAAGGUACAAAAGCAGUACAACAAAGCCACUAAAAAUCCUACGGGAAUUAUGAAUGAUGCUUACGACCAGCCAGGAAGACCACAAACCCAUUCGUUCGAAGAGAGUUACUCUUCCGUUCACGAUCACAGACCUUCGGCCGCGUACGUAUAUCAAGAGAAUGGGCCGAGUAAGCCCCAUCUGCCUUCAAGUUCAAGCACACUCGGGUUUCUUCCUCCCAAGAAGCGGAAGCGCGAGAAUCCGUGCGGUAUAAAGUGUAUUCUGAUCACACUGUUGGUGCUUUUUAUCAUUCUGUUCUUGGUGAUGAUAGUUUUAUAUUUUACGAGGGAUUCCUCGAGUGAAAAGGGAAAAGUUGACGGAAAGAACGCAACAGAGUCUGAAGUGAAACAAACUCCAUCUCCCCCAUGCUUCUCAAUCCCAAAACCUGUGCCAUUUACAGCGCUACCUGAACUUCUUAAAACCAAACAAAAAGAGCUGGAAGCUUUGAUCAAUAAGCACGUCGAACAAGGAGGACCGAUGGCUGUAACAGGCAAUAUCGUUUACAUGAAAGAAGUGAUCUGGAAAAGAGAGAAUGGUGUAAUGAAUAAUUCUGAGACACCUAAAAGAAAACCUUCAGCCACUACUGUAUUCCCCUUGGCGAGUGUUUCAAAGGUGUUGACGGUAUUGAUGUUGUUUAAGCUACACAAUGACGGCUUUGUCAAAUCAUUGGACGACCCUGUCACCAGUUAUCAAAGUGAUUUUUCUGUAAAAAAUCCUUUUGGGAACGACCCAAUUACGUUAAGACAGCUGGCGUCUCAUCGUUCCGGUCUUCCUAGGGAGGCACCCUGUUACCCGGAGACAAGAUCAAACCUCUGUCCUUAUCGUCACGAUCAGAUGAUACAGCGGCUUAGAAAUGUGACCCUUUUACGGGCGCCUGGUACAGAGCCGCAUUACAGUAACCUCGGCAUGGCGCUGCUCGGUCGGGUCCUGGGCGAGAGAUUUGGAAAUGGGGCUGGUUAUGAAGGAUGGAUAAAGAGCAAUUUAUUUGACACCUUUGAAAUGACUGACACAUCUUUCGUCUUGGACGACAGUAUAAAGAAACGUAUACCAGUUGGUUAUUUCAGCCAAACAGAAUUCUCUAAUGUCAAAGAAUGGGGAUGGCUAAAUCCAAGCGGAGGAGUCUAUUCAACUGUAACUGACUUUGCAAAGUUAGAGGCGGCUCUAUUUGACCUCGACUCCAACAACUACAUCUCUAACGCUCUUGCGGACGACUUUUUUAGGUCAGGAUACAUUCUUGGUGACGGAAAGAAUGUCGUUGGGACACCUUGGGAGAUUACAAUCUUUGAUGAUUUACUCGUCAGAAGGAAAGUCGGUGACGUGUUCGGAUACCACGCGGUAAUCCAACUUCUGCCAGAGUUAAAACUGGCUUUCAACUUAUUUUGCACACAUUGUGAACUACUGCGGACUCAAUUUACCGAACAAUUUAACACGAAUUUCAUCCCUGCUCUUAAAGAAGUCCUCUUAAAAGAAACGGAAAAGAAAAUAGUGCUUCCUCCAGAUACCAAACCAUUUAUUGGAGUGUACACAGUCGAUGGGCUCGCUUACUUGCGAUUUGUUAAGGUCAAAUUGGUAAAGGGGCAGCUACUUAUAUCUCUUAAUGGCCAAUUGGAUGUAUUUGUCUUGAACUACACAAAGCCGUUAACAUUCACAAUAAUUUUCCCGCCAUCUCUUACCUGCGUCAACAAAUUUAUCUUUGGAGUUGAAAACGACCUCGUUGUCUUCGACAGCCCGUCAAAUGUGGAUGGUCUUUGCGAUAAGUUUACCAUGUACAGUGCAUCUCCCAGCGGUAAAACGUUCUUCUACAGAGCGAGAGACUAGACCAGGAGUAGAACAUCUUAAGAUGCCUUGGCCGCGCCAUUGUUGCUCCGACAUGGAAGAGCAUUGCAUAAAUACUUUCUUGAGACAAUUCCUUCCAGGCUUCUGCAUAGCCCUUUUUUUUACAGCUAUAGUUAUGCUGCGUUAGGACCUAGGGAGAGAAAAGUGCUCAAAGCUCUUCUCAAUAUAUAUUAUUAUACAAAUUUGAAGCGCUUUCUCUUUUAAUUUACCCGCAAAAGUUCUAUUGGAAACGUUACCCGCCUUCUAAAGUAAACUGUAAUCUGUGAGCUGAGGUUCAAAGGAUUUAAAUGACCUGCAGUGUAAAAGACCACUCCUAUCAGUAGACAUUUGGUUAUAGGAAGUUACAAUGUCCAACCACAAACGGCAUUUACCAGCCCGAGUUACAAAAGCAAAAGGAAAGAACAACAGCACUACGAUCGAAAAAUUUAGAGGGCGCCAUAGAGACGCAUUGCACAAUAAGGAACUGAUUGCGCAUCUAAUGGCGAUAAAUGAAACCGGUGUUUG